ACGGUAUCUGCGGCAGCCUGGCAGGCGAUUUUGUUAUCUGUUACAUUGGGGUAUUAUUAUUGUGAUACAGAAAACGUGCAAUUAAAAACACAGCCAAAAUGGUAGAUAAGUUUUUAGGAACGUGGAAAAUGGUCACCAGUGAAAAUUUCGAUGAUUAUAUGAAAGCUUUGGGUGUCGGUUUUGCUACCAGGCAGAUGGGUAACAUGGCAAAGCCCAGCCUGAUCUUUAGUGUAGAAAACGGCAUUCUAUGUAUGAAAUCACAAAGCACUUUUAAGACCUCAGAAGUCAAAUUCAAAUUGGGUGAGGAGUUCGAUGAAACGACAGCCGACGACAGAAAAGCAAAGACUACAGUUACAUUGGAAAAUGGCAAACUGGUGCAGAAACAGUUGUGGGAUGGCAAGCAGACAGUAAUAGAAAGGGAACUGAAAGAUGGAAAAUUAAUAGCGAGAUGCAUCAUGGGGGAUGUUGUUGCCACAAGGAUUUAUGAGAAAGAAGCAUAAUGAUUCAGUCUUCUGAGAGGUCUGGAUUUUGAAAACACCAGGCUCAGCUGAAUGAGCAAAAGGCCAAAAUGCUGCUUGUUUUCCUCCUUGUUUUUGUAACACCAAAGCAAAUCAACUUGACAGUUUUGAGAAGUGAUUCAUUCAGUAUUACCUGCUCUGGUGCUUAAAUAAAACCCAGUUGACUGCA